UCGAUGGAGAUUGAGAAUGAGAUGUCAACAUCUGAAGAAACGCUUAAGCGUGGUCUCACAAACAAAUGCGCGUCACGGGAAACGUCCUCGUGUAUCGCAGUCGAGCUCGUUGGAUAUGUUGACAGAAUGUUGAGAACCGCUGCCUUCCAGCUGUCCGAUGACCUGAUGAUUAUUGAUGAGAGUAAUGGUGCCGCAGCAGAAAUGCCAAUUAGGCCAGAGACUUUGGCGCGAGCUGGCAACACAUUAGAAGACCAGGCGCAGCAGGUCAUCUUAGACAAGCUCUGGAAUUUCGCCACAACUCGUUCGCUGAGAUACAGACUUCUGGAUAAUGCUGAUGUUGUGAUCGCUGGAAAGAAGGAAAAGGAUGGCAGCUUGGGUGUUGGAGUAUCAAUGAAAGCCCACAAAUCAGUUGAGACUGGAAGAGCCAGGAAUAAGAACAUGGGACCUUUCCUAGCUGCCGCUGCAAUGAAGUUUGGUCUCCUCGGAGCUUUGACGUUCAAGGGUCUAUACUUGAUGGUUGGAAAGGCCCUUCUGAUCUCCAAGAUCGCACUCCUCCUAGCCACGAUCAUCGGCUUGAAGAAACUUUUCUCUCCUCAGGCUAUCAUCAAAAAGGACUAAAUCAUAUUGGUGAAUGGGUCCUGACGGAGUAUCAUUAACCCCCAAGGUUUAACACCCAACUAACAAAGAAACAGCUGAUAAAAUGACAGAGCUAGCAAUCAACUACAACUAUAGCUAAAUUAGAUAUGGUAACAAAAGUCACAUUCGGUCAACAAAUGCCUUUAUAGUCACAGUUAUUGCUAACUUUGUCAAAGUAAACGAAUCGGUAAUGAUUGUAAAUAAUUUUUAUUUAUUUAUUUAUAUACUUAUACUACCCUGUACAGUAGCUGAUAACG